AUGGCCGACAGCCAUAACCCAAACCCGCCAUCCUACCAAGAUGCCACCCGGCUCCUGGAUUGGCUGGAGCUCGCCGCGCCCUUCAUUCCCGCUCGAGAGUACGCGCGACUGUGCCUUGUGUCGCGCCGCUUCUAUCACCACUUCGCUCCUCGCCUUUGGAAUGACCCCCUCGCCGUCGCCACCCGGCUCUCCCGACACUGGGCAGAUUUCGAGCGCUAUCAACACUUCAUGCUGAGGCACCUCAAGGAUGUCCGGCCUGUUACUCGCUCGCUCGUCACCUGUCUUGAUCUGCGCCGCUUGACGCGUCCGGGCUCUGUCUUCUCGCUAGACUCCAGCGGCCCUACCCUCACCGGCACUCUCCGCCACCUGCCGUUCACCUUGCCCCGGCUCCGCUGUAUCCUGCUCGAUGGACACUCGGAUGUCGACACGGACGUCCUGGUAACGGCGUGGGCUUCUGGCACCCUCGCUGCGCCGCCACACUUCCAACCCCCUUUACUCCUGAGCAUGGCGCAUUGCCGCACUCCUCUGCCGACAGCUUUCUUUGGGUGUAGUUUUCUGAAAAGCCUUGUGUACCUUGAUGUGUCUGAUGUGCCUGGUUCACUCAAAACGCCCUUGAUGCAGCGCAUGAUGAGCCCUGACAAUCUGCCGCGUCUCCGGAUAUUGAAAGCGCAAGGGCGCGAGGUGGACGACUCAGAGGCGUCACUUCUCUUCCAAACUUUUAAGGACCAGCUCUGGAGUCUGGACUUGAGCCGGAACAAGCUCUCAGACAAUGUACUCUAUGACAUGUAUCAAUUCACCUUCCCGGCCGUGACGUUGAGAGGCCGUGGAAGCUCCUGCUCCGACGUUGAAGGCACGUUGCUCUUACCCCAAGGACAGGGCAGCGAUUUUUAUGGCCCCUUUUGCUUUGUUCAAGAGUCGCAAUCGAGUGCCUCUUUCACCCACCCACAGAGAUACCUGGCCGAUGCUCCCGUCUACACUAGAGACGCCCACGGACCGGUACCGCAAGGGAUAGCCGGUGCUAGAUUAGACGGCCGACGGGGAAUCAGGGACGACUCGGCAACUUCCGUCAAGAAUUUACUCUGUGGCGACAGUCCGGGAUCACCCUUUCACUCGCUAGAUGACCCAGUUCAGGAUCUGGACGUAUGUUGCGGCCACGGGGGCAUCACGCACCUGUACCUGAAUGAGAACAAUAUCUCCGCUCAGGGCAUUGCGAAGCUGAUCCGGUCUUCUCCCGGGAAUUUGCAUCGUUUCGAGUGUGAUUCCAUGUCUCUCAGCUUCCCCGACGGCUGUCUUCCCAAGUGGAUCUCGCCAACAGCGAGGUUGUCAGGUAUCCUUGGAGUUGCGCACCUGUUCCGCCCUGUGUUCUCGUCGAAUCUACAGGUAUUACGAAUCCACCACUCUCUCGUAACGCAACUUCCAUCUCUGGAGACGGACGACUUACCCACUAUGUCAAGUUUAUGGCUCGCUGAGACCUUUCUCCUACCGAGAGCAGAGCUGGCCUAUCCUGAAGCCUUUCUCCCAGAUAUGAACCCCAGACUCCGAUCGCUCACCCUAACACGGAUUCCUAGAUAUUCUACGGGGCCUCUUAUUGACAAGUUGGUUAGGUUCUUAGAACUUGUCUCCCUGCAAGAGCGGGCGAUCCAGGAUGCACAGCCUACAUCAGCCAGGCACGCACCAACCGUUUUGUUAGGCCUCAGGCAUAUCCGCCUUGAAUUCGAGCCUGACCUUAGCGAAGAGCUCGGGCCCGAGCUUUCUGAUAUCGAGGGCCUCGAUUCCGAGGCUCUGAUGAGAAUGACCACGGAGGAAUUUAGCUUCUUUGGAGAUUCUGGCGGUUGGGAAUCUUCGCCAAGCACAGCAGACGCUACCGACGCUGGCACCAAGUCACUGAUGUAUGUAGAGAGACAGUCUGUCGCUAGUGCUAGCAGUCCUCGCAGUGCAUCUGAGCCUAAGAACCAAGAAUCGGCCCGGCUAGAACGAUACCCGCAACCCGAGACAUAUCUGUCUGGGCUGGAAUACCUCGACGCCACCGGCGCGGGCAUAUGGAAUGGAGCUGCCUUUACCGUGCCCGUCUGGGUAGGCACUGGCCCGAAUGUCUACGGCCACCAAAUGGAGAAGCUUGACGCCGUUGGCGAGUAUAUGCGGCUCCUGGCGAAUCAUCCCGCCUUGCGCGCCAACCCCGUACCGGCCUCUCCCUGUCACGUCGCCGCCGGCGUUCCACCUGGUUCCUACAUCUUCUUGGCGGCCUGGGAUGCUAUGUUGGCCCCGCCUUCGGCGUCCAACAGCGCAAAAGCUCGCAGCCACAGCAACGGCGAGAGCAUGCGCAAACCAACGCAGCGAGAACUCAAAGGAAUGCGAGACGUUGUUGCCGCCAUCAAGGCCUAUCGCGUCCAGACCCGCAGAGCGUACGACGCGGCGCGCCAACGGGCAUCGCGGGACGGCAUUCCACUGCGGCCGCUACUGGGCGAUCCGCAUUUCCACUGGGGCGGCAAGCUCGAGGUGUCUAUGAAGGACCCAGCGGCGCACUACCAUUCAUCCAAGUACUGGCGAUGAUGGCUGCUUCUCUGUCUAUUGUAGGGGUUAUAAUGUUAUGGCGACGUACUGUGAACUCCAACCAUGGUGGAUGGUUCGUAGAUGAGAAAUGUGGCAAUAAUGUAGAUAUAUAGGUAAUGUGAGGCGGUUGGUGUCGUAUGCUGCGGCAUAGUCUCCAAUCCACGAUGGGUUCUAGUGAUGGCUGGUGCGGGGUGUUUGUCUACGGGUGGUUCAUAUUUAUUAACCACCGGAUGUGUUUCGUUUAUUGUACUAAUUUGCGCUAUAGUGUUCAAUCUAGGUUCUACGGCUCGCAGACAAACAUUCUUCCAGAAUUUGCUUUGGUCUAGUUAUCACUUGUGUCUUCGCCUACAAGUAGAAUGUCUCCCCAGCAUCUGACUUCCUG